AUGCCCGACAGUAACGACUUUUCCAUGGUGGAUGUCUCCAACGCCGUGGACAGCAUUGCUGCUGACAGCUCCCAGAACGGACAGCCAGCGAGAAGAAGGUCCCAGAUCAUAUUGGGCGAUGAAGGAGACGAGGGCGAGAAAAUGCAAGUGGAGGAGGCCAACGAGCCGAAGAAUCCUGAAUCUGCUAGCAAUGCGCCACCCCAAGCUCCUCCAGUGCCCGAUCCGUCCGUGACGGUACCAGUAGACAUCAAGUGGGUACAAGGCGGCGAGAAAGUGUAUGUGACAGGCUCCUUCACAGGGUGGAGGAAGAUGAUUGGUUUGCAAAAACAGGACGAGAAGCUGUACUUGGUAACGCUUGGGUUGCCUGUGGGUACACAUAGAUUCCGCUUUGUUGUUGACAACGAGCUUAGAUUUUCAGAUUUUUUGCCCACGGCAACAGACCAGAUGGGUAAUUUUGUCAAUUACAUCGAGGUGACCCUGGAGCAUGUUCAGAUGCACCUCAAACAGCUAGAAGAGGAGCAAGCGGAGCAGCGUGAGGAAGAGGAGAAAUCGAAACUGCGUGCUAGCACAAGUAGAAGAUCGUCUGUCAGUUCGAGAGGUCGCUCCAACUCGAUCUUUGGCUUUACGAACGACGAAGAUGACAUGGGUGACGGUUACCUGAGGUAUCAUGAAGAGGAUAACGAAGAAGCUGCCAAGAAGUACACGUAUGUCAGCGAUAUUCCUCCUGUUUUUGAGGACCCAAAAGUCAUGGAGCAAUACUACCUUGCGCUAGAGCAGCGGUCACGAAACAGAAACCAGCUGGACCAGGGAUGGUUGUAUGCUCCUCAAUUGCCGCCUCACCUUGAGAAUGUGAUAUUGAACAACUUCAACUCGCAAGAUAAAGACAACAACUCUGGUGCCUUGCCCAUUCCCAACCACGUGGUAUUAAACCAUUUGGCCACUACCAGUGUCAAGCACAAUACGUUAGCUGUCGCUUCAGUGAUUCGAUACAAGAGAAAGUAUGUUACUCAGGUGUUGUACGCGCCGUUGCAACAGUGA